AUGGCGUUGCAGCUGGAUGGUGUGUCUGCUUGCAGUAGUGGAGAGGAGGUUCAGUACGGAAAAUGUAAUGAAGACCGUGCCGGCAGCCAGCAGUCAGAAGCUGAUAAGGUUCUUCUUCAGAUGUGGGAUGAUGCUGAUGUCCAUUAUGGAAGUAUUUCUGACCUGAAUGAUGAUGAAUACUUGCCCUCAGAUACUAAAGAGAAGGAAGGCAGUGAUGAGGGGGAAGAGGAAGAUAAUGAAGAUGACGACAUUCACCAUGACGAUGCUAUGUGGGAUGAUGCUGAUGUCCAUUAUGGAAGUAUUUCUGACCUGAAUGAUGAUGAAUACUUGCCCUCAGAUACUAAAGAGAAGGAAGGCAGUGAUGAGGGGGAAGAGGAAGAUAAUGAAGAUGACGACAUUCACCAUGACGAUGCUAUGUGGGAUGAUGCUGAUGUCCAUUAUGGAAGUAUUUCUGACCUGAAUGAUGAUGAAUACUUGCCCUCAGAUACUAAAGAGAAGGAAGGCAGUGAUGAGGGGGAAGAGGAAGAUAAUGAAGAUGACGACAUUCACCAUGACGAUGCUGUAAAAGGGGAAAGUGGGAAUAAUACUGGAAGCCCAAAUUAA